AGACAUCCCAAAAAUAAGUGACGUCACUACACUAGCUACACACUUCCGGAAUUUUCCGAGUACAAAAAAAUUGAGCGCGAGGCAAUAUUUUAAGAUUAUAUCGUGUAUUGUGGACCAUGUCACAUACGUUAUGGAUGGGAGAUUUGGAGCCAUAUAUGGAUGAGAUGUUUCUACAGCAGGCAUUCCAAAGUAUGGGAGAGUCAGUUCUCAAUGUGAAACUUAUCAGGGACAAAGUCACAAGAGUCCUUGCUGGUUACUGCUUUCUCGACUUUAGUAGUCCCGAAGAAGCUCAGAGUGCCAUGCUCAAGCUCAAUGGAAAAAUUGUGCCUAAUACAGUACCUCCGAAAAGAUUCAAGCUAAAUAGCGCAAGUUAUGGCAAAGAACAUCUGCUAUCACCAGAAUUUUCUCUUUUUGUUGGAGAUCUCACAGAAGAUGUAGAUGAUUUAAAACUUUAUACAGCAUUUUCCAAGAAAUAUAAAUCCAUCAAAGGUGCUAAAGUUGUAAUUGAUUCUAGUGGUUGCAGCAAGGGGUUUGGAUUUGUGCGUUUCUCUGAGCAAGCAGAACAAAGGAAAGCUUUGUCUCAGAUGCAAUACAGUUCUGACGUUGGGAAGAAACCUAUACGAGUCAGUUUAGCCACUCCUAAAAGACCUCAACAUUCCACAUCAGGCAAUACAUCAGACUACUCAUACAACAAUCAAGACUAUUCUCUACCUAAGAGCCAUCAGUAUACACAGGGUUACCACUCAGGCUGGCAGUACAACCCUGGCCCCACACAGUACAAUUACUACCAGGACUACACGACAGCCUAUGGGGAUUACAACACUGAUCCCUCAUAUACACAGACUCCUGCUGCUGCUAGCGCUACCACUACGGCAGCUGAGAGCACAACAACCACAGAGGAUGAGACCCUCGUUGACCCAGAGGUGGACAUGAACUUUGAAGCAGCCCACCAAGAAUACAUGAAGCACAGUGAGGAGCUAUAUGAAGUAUUGGAGGAUUCAAGGUGGCAAAUAUUGGACUCUAUCACUUCAAAAAUACCAAUUGCGGCACAAGUGUCUUCAUGACACUCGAUAAUGGACAGAAAUGUGUAACAUUAUUUUCCUGAAAUGAAAUAUUUCAAAUGACUUGAAUAAUGACCGACUAUUUAUGGACAUGAACAUCAAGUCCAUGGGCUGUGGUAUCAGCAAAUGUCAAACUCUAUCAUACAUCAUCUGGAGAUGAAAUCGAUAGGCUCCUCCUAGUAGCUGUCAAGUCCAUUGCUAUUGUUCCGGAUAUGUAAUGUAUAUAUUUAUAUAUGUUACGUUGAAAUAUAGAAUUGAUA